UCGUCGCGAAAAGCGCUGUUUCACCCUUUGGCGGGCGGAGGGGACCCUUUGCGACACACACAGGGCGGUAUAAAACUGCUACGGAUUUCGCGGGUCGCGUCCGCCCCGGCCUCGCAUUAUCGGUAAUAGCCUGAACCGCGCGCUUUUUUGUUGUUAUGUGGUCUCCCACCGCUGCCUAUGGCUGCUGUCAGUGUCUACCGAGAUUCGGUGCAUGAACCCGAGCCGCAGGAAAUAAACGCGCGCCCGAUGCAUUUCCAACGGCAAGCGCGUCGAACGGUGCAAUUCUGAACGCAGCGCGUUCGCGCCGUAUGCGUCACUUUGCAGACGACGAUCGGGGCGCGCAGGUCGACGAUUUUAGCGCGUACGCUCGGUUCGAACCAACGACAGUUCUGAAGCGCGCGAUCAGACCGACCCCUGAUAAGCCCUCUGCGAGGCUUUCCCUCCGCUGUCGCGACAAGCGUUAGGACGGAUAAGCUAGUUCGACGCCUCCGAUAGCUCGUUUGCAAAGCGGUCAGAAGUGCGGUUUAGAAAAUCACCUGCGAAACGGUAGCAGACGAUUGCCCUCCUCGCGGAACGCAUUUCCCCCGCGUUCACGACCACAGCGCCCGUAAGUCGCAUGUUCGCAUGUUUGGAGCGCUGACGCCGAGAGACGUGACGCCAACACAAGCGAUGGAUCCGCGGCAGACAGCGAUCAAGAUUUCGACCCCUCUGCUGAGAUGCUUGUCGAUGAGUAUGACGACGAGAAGACGUUAGACGAGGAGGAGGCCUUGGAGAGUGACGCCAGUGACGACGAACUCAACACACUGCAAAAGGAAGGUGAAAUGCCUCUAGAAGACCUUCUUGCCAUGUUUGGGUACAAGGACGGAGAACGGGUUGGUGGUGAGCCCGAGUCUGAGGAGGAGGAGGAGGAGUCUGACGAGGAGGAAGAAGAAGAUGGUGACGUCGCUGAGGAAGUCCCCGAGAGUUCUGCCCCUAAGGUGGCAGCAGACAAGCCAGCGACGGAGGCGCCGAACAAGGAGCCAGUGCCGAUGCUAGCGCCAAAGGAAGUGCCGCCUUGUGCCGCUGUGCCCACCCUUGCACCGCCACCGUCUGUCGAGUCUAAAGUGGCAACGACCACAAAGACUCCGUCCCCUGUCACCCGAGCGACACCCACACCUCCCCACCCUCCACCGAGGCGUGAGCACCGGACUACUUCCACGGCUCAUCUGCUGCGAUCUGUCUCCCAUGCGAGUGAAUCUUCAAACUCCGACUCCGAUGAAGACUUCACCCUUGAGGAGUAUUGGAAGAAGAACUCAAACUUCAGCGAUGUCAACAUACUGGGACCAGCAUACGCAAGAGUUCCACAUCAGACCAUACAAGUUGGUUCGGAAUACCAGGCCACCAUUCCUGUGGGGCUGUGUAAAUAUGAUGAUGCGCCAGCUUAUGAAAACGAGGACCGAUUGCUCUGGGAUCCGGCCAAGCUCUCGGACAGUGAUGUGGAGGACUACCUUUCCACGGCUCAGGAGCCAACAGCAAACACCAUGGGGAGCAUCAACUCCUUACCCCUGGGCAGCCACACUCGAGAUGACGAACAGGCACUGUACUUGCUGCUGCAGUGUGGACACAACGUUGAGGAAGCACUGCGAAGGCGGCGGAUGAACCCCACCAUACCCACAAAGAUGAGCCUUUGGUCCGAAGAAGAGUGCCGGAGUUUCGAGAGUGGCCUUCGGUUGUACGGCAAGGACUUCCACCUCAUCCAACUUCACAAGGUCCGUACGCGCUCGGUCGGUGAGCUUGUGCACUUCUACUACCUGUGGAAGAAGACGGAGCGGCACGACAUCUUUGCCAGUAAGGUUCGCCUUGAAAAGAAGAAGUACGCUCUGCACCCUGGAACUACGGACUACAUGGACCGCUUCCUGGAUGAGCAGGAGAACUCUCAGCAGCAACAGCAACAGUCACAGCAGCAGCCGCGUGACCGGUCCACAAGCCCAAGCGAAGCGAAGCGGCCAAGGCUCGCACUGCCCAUGCAGCUCACGAGUCAGCUUGUCGGCCCCCAAGAGAACGGUCGCGAAACAUCCGCUACAGCUUCCCUGACAGUGGCUACUGAUCCAACACGUGAGAACGGCCGCGACCGGCUCUGGACAGCGGCGGCAAGUUCAUCGGAUGAAGAUGAUCUCCCACUCAUCGCUACUACUGUGAGACCAACGCUGGGCAAGGUGGCAGUGACAGCGGCAGCGGCAGCUGCGGCUCCAAGUGGCAACGUUGUACAGGUCCUGAACAAGAUGGCAGCCACCAGUCUGGUCAGCACAGCGUCUGCAACACAGCCAGUUGUCGGGGCAACCGAACGGCCUCACACCGUUGUUCCCGACGAGUGAUGUGGCAGCAGCCGCUGGUGUCCACAUGCAGAAUCUCUCUGCUCCUUCGCCGGCGCAUCCAUCCCUCCAUCACACGCUAGAGUUGACGAAAAAAAAAAAAAUUCACCGAACUUGGGACCAAGAGCGCUGCCGCAGCGCGAACAGCGUUUCACAUCAUGGACUGCUCUGGUGCUGUGCGGGUGGAGCAUUUUGUGUUGCGCCCUCUAGUGACGGCACCGCACUUUCGCUUAUUACUUAACAUGCAGUAUGCCGACCCUUUUCCUGGGGCAGACGGCAAACGGGGAGAAGAAAAAGCUUGCGGAAUGUGAUGUGCAUACUGCCGUGUCACCUCUGGAGCCCCAGGAUUCGUCAAAGCCGCCAAGUGUGUGCUUCAUUGUGUGUGACCGCCCGGAGGCAGGUCAAGCGCUGUUGCCGCCGCGUUGUUACUUAGUCUGCCCAGUGAAGGUUGUAAAAAUGAGGUCAAGUUGGUCCCGUUGAUGUCCUUAAAUGUGACAAUAGUAUCUGGUUUAAUGAAGGUUAUGUUAACAGAGAAAUGCACAGUCUAUAGGCCAAAAAAAAAAAUGAAACUCUCAUAUUGGUGCUGAUAAUUGUCUUCGUAGCUUUUGUGCCAUGGUGAACAUUGAGAUUGCCAAUGCAUUCAGCUGGUACUCUCAGCCCCGUAUUUACAAAUGGACCACAACUUGUCAACUCUCAGUAGGGUAGAAAUUUGGGCUGGUUGUGGUAAGAUAGUUCAAAUUCUGGAGGACCAGCGCUCAGACGAAGUACACGGAAAAGAGUGACACACACAUUGUGCUGGCUAGCGACAGUAUAAGUUUAUUGCUUCUUGCUAUGAACUUUAUACAUUCGCGAAAAACAACAAAGAAAGGAAAAAAAGGGGUUGGGGACAUACAGCAGAUCCAUUGCAACAGAUAUAAUAGUAGCUCCUUUUUGUGCAGAAGCAGCGACAGUGUACUGACAAAAAUUGUGUGUGUGUAUAUGAGUGUGUCUGCGUGCGUGUGUGCAUGUGUGAGUGUCAAAAAUGCUUGAAAUGCGUGUGUCAAAAAUGCUUCCAGCCGCUCUGCUCACGGUAUUUUUGCACAAUCUUGUUUUUCACAAAUGUAAAAAGUUGAAAGCAAGAAGCAAUAUGGUUGCUGGUGAGCAUGGUCUGUGUGCCGCACUUUUCGGUGUACUUCGUCUGAGUGCUGGUACUGUACUCCUGAAUUUGAACUUGAGAACUCUCCUUUGACUCCGUCAGUUGAGUAGGACACCCCAAGACUGAAGUAGACAUUGCACUUUGGUAAUGCUGCCUAGUAAUUCGUGCAGCGUACUUACUUGUUGAAACACUCCGGCGCCUUCCAGCAGGCACUGAAAGUGCUUGGUUACGAUAUUGUAGUGCUGGAAUUACAGAAGAGGGUUACCAAAGAACAGUGGCCACUUUAGUUGCGGGGAUGAUGUCACCCUCCAUUUACUGGAGUUGAAGAGGAGCAUUGAGGUCGAGGAGCAUUUAUAAAUACAGGAAGUCGUGGUACCAGCGCUGCAGAAGCGUAACUGUGCCGAAGCGAAAAUGUCAGAUGUGUCAGAACUCGUUCAAAUUGCAGGACACACAAUCCUGCCCACAAUAGUUGGUGUAAAUACUUUAGCUUGACGGUCGUUACCACUUACCCCAUCAGCUGUAUCCAUUGUGCUUGUCAAAAAUGUGCAGCCAGCAGAGAAACGCGUGUGUUUCCGUGACAGCUUUGUCACUUGGACAUCUGUACUAGGGCCAAGGUACUGGAAGAUUGUGAACCAUCGUCUUGAAUAUCGGGAAGAGGUCUGCCGCUUCAUUGCCAACGUGUCUGAGGCACGCCCGGCAACAUGUCGUCGACUCACCGCUUCUGGGCAUAUAUCGUGCCCACCUCGCUACGCAACUAAUACCGCCAGCAACGCAUCGAGCCGUGCUGCUGUCAAAGACAGAGACUUGUGGUGAACUAACCAAGUGAACACGUCCCCACUGGUUGCCGUGGCGAACCAUGCUUUCAUCCCACAGUGAACGCAACGAGCGUUAUUGCCAGAAAGUGCCUUCUAUGAACCCACCAUCGCCACCACUGACAGAGCUGAGGGACUGUGCGCAGUUUAAACCCGAAUUUGGUGUGGUGCAGGGGAGGGGGGGGGGGGGGGGGAAUCCGCAUUUUCUGUGGCGGGUGUUUUCAAAGAAUAAGACGACCUUUUCACACGCUGUCAAUCUUCUUUCGUUGCUUCGUUUUGCUACUUCUUUUAAGAUUGAAAGUGUAUACCAUAUUGUAGCAUAGGUGAAGUACCCAAAGAACAAAAAACACCACCUUGUUGACGUUCGUCUGUAUUGUUUCUUUUUUUUUUUUCACCCCAUUUAUGUUACAUUUUGUUGGUGUAGCAGUGCACGUUGUGUCACACAUACACUCUCGCCUUGUUUUUAACCGCAAGCAUGUGCUCUGUCUUAAUUUGAGAUGUGAAUACUGCACAUUUUUUGUACCAGUGCUACUAAUAUAUGAGGUGCAUUUUGCCAGGUGACUUAAACACAGCGGGUGAAACUUGGCUAGAUUUGUGCACAGAUUUUAUUUUCCCUCUACGAUGUUUAAGUCAUGGAAGCAUCAUUUUUCGUCAUUGUUGCUAGAGAGAGCUGCAGGUGGCAGUCAUGAACCUUGUCAUUUCAUUCUUGUCUGCUGUGCAGGAGUGUGUUCACUGUCAGUAUUGUUCGGGUGUGGUCAAUUGCUUUCACAGGUUUGAAAGCGUGGCUGUGCGCACGUUUUUGUUCUAGUGCAAAUUACCAAACCAGCAUGCCGCCGGAACUAUUUCGGUGAGCAGCAUUUAAAGUAAUACAGUCGACUUCCGUUUAUUUGACCCUGACGGGACCGACAAAAAUUGACCAAAUUGCCCGCCAGAUCGAAUUACACAAGAUGCAUAAACAAUGUCAAAACGCACUGCUGUUCAUUUGGCAGUAUUUGCCAGAGUCCAAUUCGCCCUCAAAUCAAUUGCUCACCCACUUUUAAUGUGUCCAAAGUAUAACACCAAUGUAGAAAUUAUGACUUUCAAGUGGCUCCAACCAACUGAUAAUAAUUUUUUGGUUGGAGCCACCGUCUCCUAAGCUCUGCCCAACAGACACUGCCACUAAAGGGGUCACCAUAGGAGUCGGGCACGUACGUGCUGACUGGCCAAGUUCGAAUGACCUGGCAAAUGCCAAAUUUGGAAUCAAAAUGGCAAAUGUUUGGGCCCAUAGAAGUGCAUGGGCGCUGGCUGGGACCGUCGGUCAGGAUCGAAUUAACAGAAAAAUUUAAUUAACCGGAAUCGAAUGAACGGAAGUCUACUGUAUAAUGUUAUUGGCAAGGGGAUAGGAUGUGUCUUAUCUAGUUCCGGUAACAUUUGCCAUUUCUUGCGCAAUGUGCAUUUCACACGUGCAACUGCUCACUGCCACAGUUGCUUCAGUGUGUGCUCUAUACUCCGUUUCAUACUUAGCAGGCAACGCUGUACAAGCUACGCAUGUUCUGCGGUAAAAAAAAUCUCCGCACGUUUCACAGUGAAGUUGUUUUGAUCUGCUACGCUUUCUACGGUUAACUACUUUAUAUAUUACAACUCCAACUUGUGGACCUAAGGUGACGCCAAAUCAUGCAUUACGUGGGCCACUUAACAUUGCCAGUAUUCAACAUACUGUUUCGGUCGCGAGCACAAGUAGUGCGCUGUGGUCACUGGUUGCACAAACCUGUCACUCCGCUCGUUCAGUCGUCAACAGGUUCAGAUCUACGAAGCCUUCCAUGUGUAUUUUGCAACACAAAAGUAUGGGACUAAAUGUUACAUUCAAUCACAUGAUGCAUACCUGUGCGUUCCCUAACAUGUGGCACGCUCUAUUUGGUCGCCCAAGUGAGGAGCGAGUGCAGCCUCUCAUAGUGAGCAUAGCCUAAAUAGCGAUCAUUGCAAUGUAUGGAACAGAGUAUAGUUUAAGUGCACACAUCAUGCCGAGCAAAAGUUUUGGAUAUCACAGGAGCAGCGAAAAGUUUCAAAUAUUAUUCUGGCGUGGGCGUGCACUUCAUUUGUCAAGCAUGCACACAUAGAUUGCACCACCAGAUUUCAGGCUACUUGUCAAGGCUGUAAUUAUGUUUUACUGCACCAAGCCUGUUUGAGCUUGGAAACUAGCUAUCCCAGUAACGUCUCGUAACACCACGCUCGGAACGUAUCUGUUAGCUGUAAGUGAGUGGGAGGGAGAAGAUUUUACAGCGAAGCUUUUAAAAGGGCUUCCACAGUGACUUUUGUGUGGUGGCAUGGUCAUUAUCAGAUAUCAGUCAAGAGCGGCCGUGUGACCAGGGAAUCGGUGAGUACGCACAGCCGGCAUCAGUGAUGAACCGUCGUUAAGAAUAGCUAGAAGUGCAGUCUUUCCAGGUUGUCUGAACACACAGCCAGAUGCUGGCAUCAGUAGAGCCAAUGCGGCGAAUGGGAACAUGCAUCAGAUAUAACAGAGAGUAUAAAGGUACUAGGCUUGGAUAUGGUGAUGUGUUUGAAAGGACUGCAAAGACUUUGGUAGAUGGUAGACUUUGGGCAGUAGCAAACCAGACACUGAGUAGGAAUUCUCAAGGGUGUGAGGUUUUACAAAUUCCAUUUCUGGCAUAAAAGAGUGACAAGUCUUUAUUUGUAAACGCGGCAGCAGUUUUUACUGACCCUGUGCUAACUUUUAUAACUGAUUUCUAUGUGUAGCAUAAGGUCUCCCAAGUUAUUUGCUUGCAAUUGUACAAAGAUAAGCAGUUGGAAAUGUGUCGAGAGUUGCAUUUUGUGUUGCAUACACUGCAGCAGCACAAGAUGGUAAGGGAUCAAUAGUAAUGCUGGGGCAUGAUGAAUGUUGGAUGUGCUAAAAUUGGUUGGAAUAGCUGUAACGCAGAUUUAAAAACUUUUGUUUUUUAGAAUGGGCGUGAAAAAGGUAUUUUGAACAGAGGAAAAAUUCCUUAUAUUGUAGCCAUGUUUGAGAGGAUAGUUGCUGCCAGUUCUGAAAUACCUCUGAACGGUAAAUUGACUUCAUUGGUGAGUUUCAAAAAACAGCUGGCCGUUGCCUGGUAUGGAACAGGCUAUCCAAAGCUGGACUCUAUGUUUACCCCGUAACCACUACUGUCUGUAUGUUGCCACUUCUGCAGCUCUCGUGUAAUAUGUAUGUACAAAAGCUUUUAAAAUAACUUCAUGUUUUUUGUUGAAAAAAGUUUGCACCGUGUUACGUUCUCGUCAUCACAAGAUGUGCAUUUUUCCUUUUCACAUUCACAAUAUGCAGAUUUGCACAGUGUCAUUUCGAUGUUUUUCUUUUUCUCUUGUUACUACACUACUACUUUCCGCAUACAAGGAAUGUGAGCCCAUCAAAAAAAAAACUUAUCGUGAUCCCAUUUGUGCAAAUGAACAGGAGAAAAUAGCAAGCACUAUUUAUUGGUAGCAAAUACGCAAUACGAAUGUGAUUUAAUAAAGGGAAAUGUAAUUUUAUGACAA